CCGGGCUCUCCAGUGAUGUGGAGGCUGAGCGUGUGGUGGCUCCUGAGCAGGGUCUGCCUGUUGCUGCUGCCGCCCUGCGCCCUGGUGCUGGCCAGGGUGCCCGUUUCCUCGUGCCACCCGCAGCCCUGCCAGAUCCUCAAGCGGAUCGGGCACACGGUGAGGAUCGGGGCGGCGCACCUGCAACCCUGGGCUGCCGCCGCCGCUGCCUCCCGGGCCGGCGGCACGCAGCAUGAGCUCCCGCCGGCAGGAGGGCGCCCGGGCCCGGAGGAAGCGGGGGGCGGCCCCGGAGCCGCGCUGCAGACGGCGGAGUGGACGGGCGCCCAGGGCUCGCCGGAGAGGGGGCGGACGGGCACCCGCUUGAAGAGCCGCGCGCGCUGGGGCGCCGGGAACCUGGUCGGCGCCGAGGGUCGGGACCCGGCGCUGGUGCCGCGGGAGGCGCUGCUGCUGGCGGUGGAGACCCUCAACGGCGUCAAGGGGCUGCUGCCUUACAACCUGUCGCUGGAGGUGGUGAUGGCCAUCGAGGCCGGCCUGGGCGAUCUACCUCUCUUCCCCUUCUCUUCGCCCAGCGCCUCCUGGAGCAACGACCCGGUCUCCUUCUUGCAGAGCAUCUGCCACACCGUGGUGGUGCAAGGGGUCUCGGCCAUCCUCGCCUUCCCCCAGAGCAGGAGCGAGAUGCUGCAGAUGGACUUCGUCGCCAGCGCUUUACACAUCCCAGUGGUCAGCAUCGUGCUCAACGAGUUCCCUAGAAAGAGCCAGAAUCCCCUCCACCUGCAAUUGAGUUUAGAACGCUCAUUAAGCUUUGAUGCCGAUGUCACUUUCUCAAUCUUGGCCUUGAACAACUGGUAUAAUUUUAGCUUAAUGGUAUGCCAGGAAGAGUGGAACAUCACGGAUUUUCUCUUCCUCACACAGCAGAGCUCCAAAUUUCAUUUGGGAUCCAUUAUAAAUAUCACGGGAAACCUCACGUCAACCAGCGACCUCUUGACCUACUUGCAAGUUCAUCUGGAGAACAUUAAGGACACGACGUCAACCGUGGUGAUGUUUGGUUGUGACAUGGAAAGCACAAGGAGGAUUUUUGAGAUUACCACCCAAUUUGGAGUGAUGCCUCCUGAACUUCACUGGAUCCUUGGGGAUUCACACAAUGUGGAAGAGCUGAGGACAGAAGGCUUGCCACUGGGUCUUAUAGCUCAUGGGAAAACAACACAGUCUUUUUUUGAAGACUAUGUACAGGAUGCAGUGGAGCUGGUAGCUAGAGCAGUCGCUUCCGCUACAAUGAUCGAACCUGAACUGGCACUUAUUCCCAGUACAACCAAUUGCUUGAACACAGAGGGGAAAAAUCUCACUUCAGGCCAGUAUUUAUCAAAGUUUUUAGCCAACACCACCUUUCAUGGACUCAGUGGGCACAUUAAAGUCAAAGGCUCCUCCAUCAUCAGCUCAGAAAACAACUUCUUCAUUUGGAAUCUGCAGCACGACCCCGUGGGCAACCCAAUGUGGACUCGCUUGGGGAGCUGGCAGGAAGGCAAGAUCAUAAUGGAUUAUGGGAUCUGGCCAGAGCAGGCCCAGAGGCACAAGAAUCAAAACCAGCAUCCUACCCGCCUCCAUCUGAGGGUGGUGACCCUCAUUGAGCAUCCCUUUGUGUUCACAAGGACUGUGGAUGAUGAAGGAUUGUGCCCAGCAGGCCAGCUCUGCCUGGACCCCUUGACCAAUGAUUCAGCUGUGCUGGAUGCUCUCUUUGAAAGCCUCCAAGGAGGCAAUGACACUGUGCCCACCAAGUUGAAACAGUGCUGCUAUGGCUACUGCAUAGAUCUGUUGGAAAAGUUGGCGGAAGACAUGAACUUUGAUUUUGACCUGUACAUUGUCGGCGACGGGAAAUACGGGGCUUUGAAAAAUGGCCAGUGGACGGGGCUUGUAGGCGACCUCCUGGCCGGGACCGCCCACAUGGCUGUGACGUCGUUUAGCAUCAACACAGCCCGUAGUCAAGUGAUCGAUUUCACGAGCCCCUUCUUUUCCACCAGCUUGGGCAUCCUGGUGAGAACCAAAGACACAGCAGCUCCUAUUGGAGCCUUUAUGUGGCCACUCCACUGGACCAUGUGGCUGGGAAUCUUUGUGGCUCUCCACAUCACCGCCAUCUUCCUCACCCUGUAUGAAUGGAAAAGCCCCUUUGGGAUGACCCCAAAGGGAAGGAACAGGGAUAAAGUCUUUUCCUUCUCCUCUGCCUUGAAUGUCUGUUAUGCCAUCUUGUUUGGUAGAACAGCCGCCAUCAAACCCCCCAAGUGCUGGACUGGAAGGUUUCUAAUGAACCUCUGGGCCAUUUUUUGUUUGUUUUGUCUGUCGACAUACACGGCUAAUCUGGCUGCUGUCAUGGUAGGAGAGAAAAUCUAUGAAGAACUGUCUGGAAUACAUGACCCAAAGCUCCACCACCCGUCACAAGGGUUUCGCUUUGGAACCGUGCGAGAAAGCAGCGCUGAAGAUUAUUUCAAGCAGAGUUUCCCAGAUAUGCACGAGUACAUGAAAAGGUUCAAUGUGCCUGCAACUCCAGAUGGAGUGGAAUACCUGAAGCAAGAUCCAGAGAAAUUAGAUGCCUUCAUCAUGGACAAAGCACUCCUGGAUUACGAAGUCUCCAUAGAUGCUGACUGCAAACUUUUGACAGUGGGGAAACCAUUUGCAAUCGAAGGGUAUGGUAUUGGCCUUCCUCCAAACUCUCCACUCACCUCAAAUAUUUCUGAACUGAUCAGCCAGUACAAGUCCCAUGGCUUCAUGGACGUCUUACAUGAUAAGUGGUACAAGGUUGUGCCAUGUGGAAAAAGAAGCUUUGCUGUGACGGAGACACUGCAGAUGGGCAUCAAGCACUUUUCUGGCCUCUUUGUGAUGUUGUGCGUUGGAUUUGGUCUAUCUAUUCUCACGACUAUCGGGGAACACAUCGUAUACAGGCUGGUGAUCCCACGAAUCAAAAAGAAAUCCAAGCUGAAAUAUUGGCUCCACACAAGUCAGAGAUUGCACCGUGCUCUAAAUAGUUCGUUUAUUGAAGACAAACACCAGCCUAAAGCAAAGCGAGUUGAAAAGAGGUCCAACUCGGGGAACAGCCAGCAUUUGGUGUGGAACACAGCCAGCCCCGGCAACUGCCAUCGCAGGAAAUACAUCUGCAGCGAGGAAGAACAGAACGAGGUUGCGCUCAAGCAGCAGGAGCAGCAAGACAUCCCUCUUCCCCCGCUGAAGAGAGAAUCGCCUGUGUCGCUGACCACGAAUGGGAAAGCGGACUCCCUUAACAUCGCUCGGACCUCAGUAAUGCAAGAACUCUCAGAACUGGAGAAGCAGAUACAGGUGAUCAAGCAGGAACUGCAGUUAGCCAUGAGCAGGAAACUGGAGCUGGAAGAGUUUCAGAGGACAAACAGGACCGCAGAGCCCUGAGCGGCUAUGCUCUCCUGCCUCCCCCUCCCUUGAC